AUGACUCCAUCUCCUCGUAUUCUCACGAUACAAUCUCAUGUCGUUCGAGGCUAUGUUGGUAAUAAGUCGGCUACAUUCCCACUUCAGUUAUUAGGUUGGGAUGUCGAUGCCCUUAAUACUGUCCAGUUCUCUAAUCAUCUCGGAUAUGGGCAUCAUGGCGGAGACAAGAUGUCAGUGGAACAUCUUCAAAGCUGUAUAACUGCUCUGCAUGAGAACGGUCUUCUUACGCAUAAAGCUCUUCUCACUGGUUUCACCCCAGGUACUCAAGGUGUCGAAGCUUUAGAAGAGUUUGUGCAGAAACUCCGGGCGAACAAUCCUCAAGCUGUAUAUCUAGUUGAUCCAGUCAUGGGGGACAGCGGCAAGCUCUGUGUCGAUUCCGAGGUACCGAUGCACUAUAAAUCUUUACUGAGAACAGCCACCCUCGCGACUCCGAAUGAUUUUGAAGCCGAGCUUCUCACCGGCAUUCGUCCUGCAAACAUAGCCAGCCUUUCAGACUGUCUUCGUGCCUUUCAUACUCAAUACGGAAUUCCUCACAUCGUCAUCACCUCAGUCGCCCUUCCAGCCAGUACAGUGAGUCACUUGAGUGACACGAUCAUCAAUCCCGACUCCGAAGGGAGCGUCUUAGUCUGUGCCGGCAGCACUCGACUUGAUGGUGAUACUCUGGGCAUCUCCUGGGCCAUCGUCUUUCCACGAGUUGCUCAACAAUUUGUUGGUGUUGGUGAUCUGUUUGCUAGCGUCCUCCUUGGUCACUUCUUGAAUCUCUCUGGCCCCCAUCAACUUUCUCGAGCGGCGGAGUUAGCCCUUGCAACUGUGCAAGGCAUCAUCUCAGCCACCUACUCUGAUGCGAAGGUCGAACUUGAAAUGCUUUCCAAGUCAACCCUUGAUCCUCAGCAACUCAGAGUACAGACUGCCCGAGCCCUGGAGUUGAAGAUCGUUCAGAAUCGGCAGCACAUAGAACGGCCGGAUGUGAAGUGGAAAGCACGUGCUAUCUGA